UCCUGCAUUUUUUAAAAGAGCAACAACUCAAACAUGGCCGUGAUGGAUCUGAAAAGGAUCAGUUCGCAAUGUUCGAUUCGACCAAGUUUCAUGGCAGGCGGCUCUUGUUUUCAGACUCAACUUAGUGUUUGAUUGAAGUGCCCACUGCAAGUUUCACACAACUACUGGGUGAAGGAUACGUCACAGCAAUGGAAGGCCUCUACACCUGUGAACCUCCUGGUGAGCUUACUGCAUCUGCUGAUGAUAAACUGCGUUGGUGCACCACCAGUGAGAAAGAACAGAAUAAAUGCAGCAACUGGACAUCAGUCAGCUGUGUCCAGGCUGCCUCCAUGGAGGACUGCAUCCAGAAGGUUUCGUUGGCUGAAGCUGACGCUAUUGUUCUUCACAGUGCAAGAAUGGUUGUUGCAGGAAAGUGUGGUCUAGUACCAGUCAUGACUGAGUACUAUGACAAAGAGAAUCUUGAACCCUGCAGGGACCCAGCAGCGUACAUAGAACCAUUUGUGUAUAUAGUGGCUGUUGUGAAGGAUCAGACGUUGUCCUGGGACACCCUGAAAGGCAAGAAGUCGUGCCACACAGCUCUUAAAAGAACAGGUUGGAAUAUUCCAAUGGGACUGCUGAUUGCACAGGAGAAAAUCAAAAACUGCAGUCUUUACAAUUCAACCUAUUUCAGUGAAAGCUGUGUACCGGGGGCAGAUCCUGACUCCAAACUAUGCUCCCUGUGUGUUGGUCAAGAACACUCAACCCCACCCGGAAAGGACAAGUGUGCUUUCGGCAACAAUGAGCGAUACUUUGCCUACAGCGGUGCCUUCAGAUGCUUGGUGGAGAAGGGUGAUGUUACUUUCAUCAAACAUACAACUGUCUUCGAGAACACUGACGGUAAUUCACAGGAGAAAUGGGCUACAGGUCUCAGGUCCAGUGAUUUCAGGUUAUUGUGUUUAAAUGGCACUCAGGCUCUAGUGACAGAAUACAAGACAUGUCAUUUAGCACAAGUACCAGCUCAAACUGUUGCAUCCCGUGCAGAAUCAAGGGAUCAAGUCCUGCAGUUUUUAAAAGAGCAACAACUCAAACACGGGCGUGGUGGAUCUGAAGAGGAUCAGUUCGCAAUGUUCAAUUCAACUAAGUUUCAUGGCAAGGGUCUCUUGUUUUCAGACUGGGCGCAGUGUCUGAUUGAAGUGCCCACCACCACAAAUUUCAAACAAUUACUGGGUGAAGGAUACAUCACAGCAAUGGAAGGCCUCUACACCUGUGAACCUCCUGAUUUCCCCGAAAUCUAUCGCCUUGGCCGUUGCCAGGCCCCACAAUGAGUCAGUCACGCUUUCUCCAUUGACCACCCAGUGAUUCGCAAUGCAGCUCAGAGCAAUCAUUCUUCAUUCUCUUUGGGCGAUAUCAGCUUCAGUUUAAUGGUAUCGCCUCUGUGUCUGCCUGAAUUGUUUGUGUGCACUGAACUUACUAUCAACAGACAAGGAUCUAAUGUUUUUUUUCCUGUAUUGUUAAAUAAACUCUCCCUUCAUCAGGAA